AUGUCGAAUAUCAGAUCAUUUCAAAACAAUAAAAGAAAAUCAGCUGUAGACCACAGUGAUAGUUCAAACGGAGUUACAAAAGCAAAGCAGAUCAGAUUAGAAGAGAAGAACAACAAAGUUGUGAAAGACAUCAAUGUCGAAGGAUUUGCUGAAAGUCGCGCUGUUGAGAUUCAGGCUUUAACUGAGGUGGUUAAAAGAAAUGGAGGGAACCACAUGGCUUUUCAGAAACUUCCUCGGCACAUGAGGAGGCGUGCAAUGAGUCACAACAUCAAGCGUGUCCCUAGAAGAUUGCAUGAUGCUGUGAGAUCAGAGCUGGAAAAGACCAAGCCACCAGGCAAGCGUCCCAGCCGUUGCUACAGACGUCGCCCCAAAAAUUUGCUGGCCGAAUAUGAGAGGCGCAAACGUAAAAUUGGAUGGCUGGAAACACACAUUUGGCAUGCAAAACGAUUCAAGAUGGUGCAGAGAUGGAACUACAAGUUGCCCUUGCAUCCUAAUGAAAAGAGUAUUCGUGCUUGUUACAGGGCUGUGAAUAAACAUUGUUUAAUGCAAGAUGUGUCCUUUGAAAGUUAUAUUGAGAUCAAAGGACCACAACAGAGAAUACUACAAGAGCUGUCUCAUCUGACUAGUAACAAAACAGGGCCAACAUUUGCAUCGCAGAUGACACUGUCAGGCACAAGGGAAGGAAGGUUAACCUUAUACACUUAUGAUGGUUAUCCGUGUAGUGCCAUCGGCCCAGUGACAUUCUUGUGGCAGGCUGUGUACCCUCAUGAUGGAAUUAAGGCUCUUGAUAAUGGCUCGACUUUGUGGAUCUGUUGUCAUCCAUCAUUUUAUGCACAAGCUUUGGAAGAAGUUACUAAGUGCUUUAACAAAAAUACAAACUUCGACAGUUCGGCUGUUCAGGAUAAUACUUGUGAAGAAAUCCGAGUGGUCUCCCUUAAAGAUGACCUUGUGAAGUUUAGACUGUAUGGGCCAGCUUCAAAUGUUGUACUGUCAGAAGUGCUUCAGGUGGCUGAUAUUGAAAACAUUGAGAUAAAAAAUGAGGAUAACAAGGAAAACAAAGAAGAACCUGCCAGCAGCAGUAUAUCAGGUUCAUCAACAGAUGCUGGAGCAGACAAACAGGUUGGCAGCUUAUCCCUGAAGGACAAAGAUGCAGACGUUAGUGCUGGCUUUUGGUGGAAAGACUUCUACUCAUCCACGGCGAGUAGAAGCUAUUUUCUGCAGCAGAGUGAUUGUUGGAUGCAGGUGAGAAAGUGUAACUCCCCAGCUGAAGCUCCGUCCAACUGUUUACUGGCGUUAACUGUCCGUGACCCCAGGCUUUUACUGCCGCCCAAGAAGACCAAAGUAUUUAAUGCCAACAGAGAAGCAGCUGUUGGUGUCUUGCCCCCGGAGCUGUUUACCGCUGGGUUAGGAGUGAGUCCUUUAUGGAGUGCUGAAAUCAGGCAGCAAGUGAAAGUUACAAAAAUCUCAGAGCAGAGGCUGAAUGAACUGAAGAGCAAACAUACUUUUCCAGGCUGUCCCUUACGGCUGAGAGACAAAGAAUCACGUAUUCCUGUCAUACUUAUCCAGAGACCGGGAUCAAGCUCAGUGUCUUCAACAUCACACCUGGGAUAUGCUAGUGGCUGGGAUGUCCUCAUUCCAUCAGGCUGGGCUAUGGCAUUCUGGGUAGCACUGGUAUAUCGAGGAGCACGAGUGGGUGGAGUUCGAGAAGCUCGCAGCAUUGCAUUACAAGCAGGAUCACUCUGUAAACCAUUUGAUUUCCCAGAUUCUCCAGCAGGAAGAGAGCAAUUGCAAACUGAAUCAGAGGCUCUCCAAGUAAGACAUGAUCGUCGGCCACCAGCUAAACGACCAAACUACACAAAACUGGGCUUCCAGUCUCCCUUUGCACCACAGUGGAGUAGUCUUGUCAAUGAAUGGAGAAUAAAAACUACCACAUUGUUGGAAAAACUUCAUAUUUCAGAACCAACAGUAGAGUCAAAUAAAGGUGGUUUUUAUGUACUACGAGAUCGCAAAUGCCUCCGGCUGUUGAAUUCCACUUUUACAGGAAAUUCAGGAUCUGUGAGAUCAAAUAAUAGAGUCACUAAAAAUGGGAAAGGAGGUGAAAAUAUUUUGAAGAUUUUGUCUAGUGACGCUUGGAGGCAAAUGACAGAACAACAUCUUUUUGCUCUAGUGCCUGUUCUUUUGAGCAUUCGUCAUCGUGGUGUACCAAAAGCAUUUGGUCACAUUUGCUUGCCCACCCUUGAAGAUUUUAUCAAACUUGAGAAGGAUAAGAGCUUUGGAGGCCCAGAAGAGAAAAAGCAUAUAGAUCCAGAAGCACCAGUACGAAAAGAAGAAAGAAAGGUUAGACUCCAGUUGAGAAAGAAGAAGAAAAGAGGCAAAGGCAGUAAAAAUGCAAAUAUUCAAAGUUUGCCUACAAGUAGAGAUUUUAAAGAACCUUCAAGAACUGCAGAAGAGACCAAAAAUACAAAGGAACCUGAAGCGGAUCCUAAUAUUAAAAAUGAAAUGAACUUAAGAGAUGCUAGAGAUGUUAAAUUGCUUGGUCACAAUUCACGGAUGGUAUGUGGUUUUGUCCGAAAUGGUGACUUUGACUUUGGGAGAGGUCAUGGUACUGGACUAGGAUUCUGUUCUUUGGCAGCUUUGUUGCACUUGCUGGAACAGCAGGGUCAGAGGAAAACAUAUUUGGUGUUGUUUAGAAACCCAACAUCAUUUCAAUACAGAUUUGCAUCACUUUCAAUCGUAGUCUAA